CUUCGAACGGACGGAAUCUUUCUCCUCUGGAUGUGAUCUGUUGUCGGUGGAAAGUUUUCAUGAAUAUUUAUUCGACUUUUGAGUGUUUGACGUCAUUUUCCUAGUGUUAUGUUUUUUAUCAUCAUAGAAUUGUGCCGGCUUUUCUAGUGUUCCGAAUUUUCCUCAAGUGUGAAACGUGACUACCGCACGGGACUCGGUUCGUUCCGAUAAUCAGCUGCAGAGCAGCUAGAGAGCCAGGAUAAUAAACAGCCAACAUGUGGGUGUAGUGGUGCUCAUUCUGGGAGAGAAAAUCUUGUACUGAGCAAUUUUCUCCCCGGGCUCAGCGCUCGUGUCCUCUAGGACGAAGAAGCAUGCAAUUCCUUUCCACCGAAGCCGUGCUUGUGGUAGUGUUGAGCGGUUGUUUUUCCCGACGGUAACCAGUAGGUAGGCAGGCAGGCAGACACCGACUCGCCAUGGAAAAUCAAAAUUAUCAAUCUUCCCGUUCGGUGAGUCAGUCUUUGGCGGAUAUUCGGACGAACGCGUCGCGUCUGUUUCACUGGCGCUGUGUAUGUUAUUCCGAGCGCUGUUCGUGACACGCAUCUCGUGAAUGUUGUUUUCGUUGGCCAACUUCAGCCGGACGUUUGAUACGAUCGUCGUUUGCGUUACCCACCACCCAUCAUCCGAGCAGUGGCACGAGUGAAAGCAUGAUCACGAUCGGCGACAUGCCAGCGAAGAUUACCGCCGCGGGAAGUGAUCGCACCGUCGACCGCCGCUUGUGUGGGUGGUAGUGGCCCGUACUAGCGUUACUGUCAGAUAAAUUUAGUGCGCCAAGCUGGAACCCAGUCUGGACCGAAUCAAGGAAAAAUCGAAAAAAAGUGAAAGAAGUGCGCCGAUUGCGGAUAAACAAAAUUGACAUUGUAAGCCGAAGAGUGGUGGCGCUAGUGAAAAGCGUUGCAGCUAGCGGAAACAGGUGCCGAUGGGCGGUGAAAUGUGGGACAACCGAGAAGAGUUGAAUAUCGAUUGAAGGAUUGUGUGAGAGGCUUUAAAGCAGGCUGUUAAAGCGUUGAGGGAGGCUUGUAGCUACGAUUGAACGACGCGCAUCCCGAGGAGGGUGCUUCCUCGCAGUUUGAUGGAACUUAUUUUCUUGUGUGGUGUUGUGUGAUUUUUUUCGCUGUCCCCUUUCGUGGAAAUCAAGCAGAAGAGAGCCUCUUUGCUGCUUGCAACAAGUGAUAGAUUGAAGAAGAAUCCUACGGUUUGCUUGAGAGGAAGAUAGAAAAAAAAGUGUGGAAAUCCUCCAGUCUGAUGAUAGUAAAUAAUAGGUAGAAGCUAGCCAAAAAGAGCAAAAUAAUAAGCCAUUGAGCGAGAGGCGAAAAGGUGGUGUUCAUUUUCUACCCUCUAUUCGUGAUAAGAGUGUUAUCUUUUGCGUGUGUCUGUGAGUGUCCAAAUCGUGGGUGUUGUUGUUAUAUUUGUGUACGCGUUUUUCGUAUUCUGUGCUAGUGUCCAACCCCUCGUAACGUAUCAAAUCAAAUCAAUCAAAGAAGUGUUCCUUUCAAAUUUAAUCACCAAACAACAAUGCUUAAUUCGUUGGAAGCGUUGGCCGGCAAAAUCUCGCCCGGUUCCGGCAAGAAUUCCCCAUCAUCCGGGCUCGACAGCAACGGCAACAAGGUGCUGCUAGGUGGAUACGUCCAUCAUCACCAUCAGCUGCUGCAGUCGGCUAAGCAUCCCUACCAGAAGCCGGGUCUUAGCAACAACAACAAUAACAGCAACGUAGUGAAUAAUCCCGCCAAUGGGGCUCUGGUGGCGGUGACGGCGCCCGCUGCGGUGGGGACGCUGGUUGGGGGCGGUACCGGUGGUGCCCAGGUGAUCGGCAGCAGCAAUGGCUCGCGCAGUGAUCAACAGUUUCAUCAACAGCAGCAGCAGCAGCAACAACAGCAGCUCCAGCAACAACACCAGAACCUCCUACACAACCAGCUUCACCACCGACUCGCAGCGGACGGCCCGGAAGCGGCGUCGCAGAUCGAGAUGAGCGCGAAGGAAAAUGCCAUCCUGAAUAUGAACAACAACAACAACAACAACAACAGCAGCACCGCCAACAACAACCUCAACCCCGCCAAUAACAACAAUCAUAAUACACUGAACAACAACAAUCCAAAUGUGAUAAACCAAAACAACAAUAACAAUGGUAGCUCGUGUAUCGGCAUGUUGCAGGGAAGAAAAACGCCUCCAUCCUGCGAGGGCGAGGAAAUAGUGCGCGAUCAGCCGGACCCGGACUACAUCAAAAUGUUCGUCGGCCAGGUGCCCCGGUCGAUGGACGAACAGCAGCUGAAGGAGAUGUUCGAGGAGUUCGGCCGGGUGCACCAGAUCAACGUACUGCGGGACAAAGCGUCCGGGUUGAGUAAAGGGUGCUGUUUUGUGACGUUUUACACACGAAAAGCGGCCCUCAAGGCCCAGGAUGCGCUGCACAACAUCAAAACACUCGUGGGGAUGCACCAUCCGAUCCAAAUGAAGCCUGCUGAUAGUGAAAACAGAAAUGAGCGAAAGCUGUUUGUGGGUAUGCUGAGUAAAAAGUACAAUGAAACCGAUGUGAGGCAACUAUUCUCCGGCCACGGUAUGAUCGAGGAAUGUACGGUGCUGCGGGAUCCGUCCGGACAAAGCAAAGGCUGUGCGUUCGUCACGUUCGCAACCAAACAGGCGGCGAUCGGGGCAAUCAAGUCUCUACACCAGAGCAAAACGAUGGAAGGUUGCUCGGCGCCGCUGGUUGUGAAGUUUGCCGACACCCAGAAGGACAAGGACGCCAAACGGAUGCAGCAGAUGCACUCGAACCUGUGGAACAUUACCGGCAUCAAUCAACCGAUUACGCAGUCGGUAACGCCGCUGACGGCACCGGCCACCGGUCACCAUCCGAACCCGCCGCAGCAGCAGACGCCGUUCCUAGCGGCCGACGCCAUCUCGCCGGCCUCGCUGACACUGCUACAGCAGCUACAGGCGGUCGCCCAGCAGCAACAAUUUCUGCAAGGUCUCGGUGCGCAGACUGAUACGACGACGGCAGCAGCCGCGGCCGGACUGCUCAGCCCGCUGUCCAUGCAGAACCUGGUAACGCUAGCGGCCAUGACGCAGCCCUCGCUUCAGGCAGCCGCCGCCCAAACACCCAACGCAGCAACCUCACUGUGUCUCUUAGGGAAAACUGCAGCAACAUCCGCCUCAGGGACUGCAGGAACUGAUAGCGCACUGACGCAGUACGCUGCACUGCCACAGUUUGGCUCGGCAGCGGCAGCAGCAUUCACCACAACGCCUUUAGCAAAUCCUUCGUUGGCGCAAGCAGUGGCAGCGGCCGCUGGCAAGCAGAUUGAAGGUCCCGAGGGUUGCAAUCUGUUUAUCUACCACCUGCCGCAGGAGUUCACCGAUACCGAUCUGGCCUCGACGUUCCUACCGUUCGGCAAUGUUGUCUCCGCCAAGGUUUUCAUCGACAAGCAAACCAACCUGUCCAAGUGCUUCGGCUUUGUGUCGUUCGAUAACAUUGCGUCGGCGCAGGCCGCCAUCCAGGCAAUGCACGGUUUCCAGAUCGGCACCAAGCGACUGAAAGUGCAGUUGAAACGCUCCAAAGAUGCCUCCAAGCCGUACUAGGGCACCCACCAGGUGGUGUGCCCGGGCGGGAAGAAUCGGGAAAAGGAGCAGCUACUCGUUUAUCGUCGUUCUGUUCGUCGUCGCUUGUCGUUUCUACUACUAGAGAGCAAUGAGUCCAAAAUGUUUUUUUCUUCUUUGCUUACUUAAGACACACAACCACAACAACAAGAACCUCUAACUAACUGUUGCUCGCAACGGUGUUGCCGAGCGGACACAAAGACUCGCAAGCGUGCAUAUGAAAGUAGAUCAACUGUGGUAAAACCUCUGUUUCCUGUUUCCGGAUCGUUGGAGAGCGUCGUUUUUCGGUUUUUAUUCUACCUUUGAUUAUAUAACAAUUUUUUUCGUUACUUGUUCGAUGAUAGGUUCGUUGCGAAGACAAGAAUUCCAAAACAAAACAAAAAAAAACUUAUGAUACAAAAAACGGUACACACAAACUAGCACAAUCAAAACAGAACUAACAAAGCAAAGAGAUAGUUGCGCAUCAAACGCUGUUAGACUAAUGUUUAUCAUUAUCAUUAUUCGGAAUUUGUUGAGUAGUUUUGUUUAACAUAAUCUUACUUUUUUUUUAUAUUGCUAUUACUUUAUUACGAUUAUUGCUAUUAUUAUUAUUAGUUUUAUUAUUCUUUUCAUCGUAGAGGAAAAGUAGUAUGUUUAGAGCCUGUCGGCUGGGACAGUCAGCUUCUCCCUGGAAGUUUUAUCUAAUUUUAGUGUCCCACACCAAGGUUAGUUAGUUUGAACCGCAAAUGACCUGGGGAGCAGCUGACAGCCGUUGAUCCCCGGGAAAACCAAAGGCUAGUAGUCAGUUUUCAUUUUGUUUAUUGCUGUUGUUUUUAUACCAACGCCCAAGUGAAACUAGGAUUUGUUUUAUAACCCUACGCCCUUUUUGUUUAUUAUUACCACUAUAAUACGUUUACCAUAGAGCUUGAAUUGAAGUGAGCUUUAUAUUUUUUCUUCUAUGAUUUCAAUCAACAAACAAACAAAACAAUAUCGCCAAUUAUUUGAAUUUGAAUUUUUUACUUUGUUUUUUCUUUUUCUAAUUACCAGUUUUACAUCUGUAAGAGUAAACACGAUAAUAAUUUAUUUUCAUACCGACUCACUGAUUAUCAAACAAUUAGUUAAUUUGUAGUUACACGCAUAAGUCUGUAUGGGUUUAGUGAAUGGUAUGCAAACAAACCAACAAAUCGGAAUAAAAAAAAAAACAGUUGAUGAUAGAGAGAGAGGAAAUAUACGUCCGCUAGUGUCAAUCAGUUUCAUAACGUGAUCUUUGUUAGGCGCGUAAAAUAUACACCAGCACACGACACGAGCCACACGCACCGAGAAAAGCGGAAAUAAACUUUGUUAAUAGGAAGUUAUGUAUACAUGUUACUAUUUAUGUAUAAUCAGAUUAAAUGUCACUCAUUCAUUAUUCAUUUCUGGCAUCAACACGUCAUUAUUAAUUCUAUUAAAAUUUCAAAUUACCAUCAAUUUAGUGCACGGGCCGGUGCUCGCUGUGCCACUUUGAUGUGCGGUCAGCGAUGUGUCAAAUGUGGAAAAUGGAGAUCCAUCCAUGCUGCUCACGUUUUCGAUUCUCAGGUUUCAGCAAGGCCUGGCGGCGUAAAGCGGGCCGCAACAAUGGUGGGGGUGAUCCUGUGAUCAGUAGGAUGUGCUCACUAGUUUCAGAAGUGCAUUUUACUCAAGCUGUCAUCCCCCUUGUUCGUCACCCGAAGGGGCGGGUGGUGUGUAGAAGUAAUAAUUAUUAUAAUCACCAAAUAUGGCUUAAUUAGUGGAAGUAACAAAACGUUUUGUUCGUCUCUGCGUUUCAUGAAGCGCUUUGUUUAGCAUCCACAAUCAGUGGUUUCCAUUUCAAUAGUGGUUUCCAAUGUUGACGACUUUUCAUAGCGCGUCUCCAUCACAUCAACAUAAAUGGAGGCGCAUUGUAUGUUAUCGCCGUGAGCUCCCGAAUGAAAGCAAUUGCACGAUAGCUAAUCAGGCAUUAUUUAGUAGUGAAAUUUAUUGAUGACCAUCUAAAUUACACAAACCGCUAAUUGAAGUGUCCUUUUUAAAACAUGCCUAUGUUUUACUGUUAAGCGACCCAAAACAGUGGUACAAAUUACAAUGAAUUAUUUAUUCCAGCUAAAGCAUACUCCAUAUACAGCGAGUACACUGUUCUUUGGCCACCACAACCAGUGAUAGCGGAAAAAGAAAAACGACACUGGGAACAACACUUUACCCAUUGAUAAAUUAUUCACUGCUAAUUUUAUCAAACUGUUCGGAGGAAAUUGCCAACCAUAACGUGUAAACCCCGUUAAGGCACCAGUAGCGAACGCCCGCGUUGGAAGGCGAAGAAAGAAUUCACCAACCGAGAUAAGGCAAAGGAUUUAUUGAACCGACGUUUUCUUUUGUUCUGCUUCUGGUGGAAAUUUUACGUUCUACUACUGAAACGAAGGAGAAAUAUACUCUUAGCGUUCUUUAAUCCCAGCUUACGAAGAAAACUUUUUUCUCAUCGCAUGCUCCUCGGUUGGAAAGUAUGUCGUUGAUUGAAGUGAAUUUGAGCAAACAAAAAAUCUAUCGUAAUUGUUUUAACCCUAAUAAAUGAGCAAAUUUGGAAGCGAUAUAUGCAGGAAACGAUAUAUUUGUUCGUCGAUGAUAAAGAUCCGUUUUAUCUGCAGCUUAGGUAACAAUUCCAAUUUCAAUAAAACUUGAGCAAGUAAAUUUGGCACCCCUAGCUUGUACUUAUCCUGCUGAUCACAGUCACAUUCACUUCAGGCUUGCAAAACUGAACGAAUCGGAUACCGGAAAAUUGGACGCUGAGCAAAUAUUUUUAGUUUUAAGGAAACUUAAUUCUAGACAGCACAUGAAGUAAAGAAAAUCAAUCCUGAAUCAAUCUUUCAAAGCGCAACCCGUUGGUGAUCAGUAACAUAAUGUAGUACAUAGUAUACACCCACACACACGCAGACACACAUACAGUUGAAAAAAAAAACAAAUGUGAGUAUGAAUAAAACCUCUGUGCUUGUGUGUGUGCGCGCAGAUAUGCGAGUGGAUUGAAUGAAUGGUCGAACUCGAGAAUGAUUCUAAUUAGUGAUAAGUCGUCAGUCGAUAAUGAAUGUACAUUCGGAACCUGCCCCAGCAGAGAGCAGGAUGAGUAAAUUUCUAGUGAAAUCCCACAUCAGAGUCGGUGAUAAAACAAA